AUGCGAGACUGGCUGUGGACACAAAGCGGCAGAGAUUGGCUGGAGACCAAGGGUGUACGAGACUGGCUGGAGACCAAGGGUGUUGAAUCCUGGUUGCAGACAGAGAGCGGAAGAGAUUGGUUGCAGACGCAGAGCGGGAGAGAUUGGGUGCAGAGUCAGCAUGGGCGAGACUGGUUGCAGGGCUACCGUGGGAUGGGCUGGCUCCAGACCCAAGCCGGGCAUGACUGGCUCCAGACACAAAACGGAAGAGAUUGGCUGCAGACCCAGGGUGGGCGAGACUGGCUGCAAACCUAUAAUGGCGAAGACUGGUUGCAGACAGAGAGCGGAAGAGACUGGCUGCAGACACCACAUGCUGAAGCAUGGCCGUUCAUGGGUGUCUGGGUGACAAUUGUCGAAUUCUGGAGUGCAUUGGAAGCAGUCAGCCAGUACCCGAUUGAUCCAGAUCUGCCUUGCCUCCCAGCCUUCCAGGUGAUCCAGCAUUUCAAGAGUUUGCCGGAUUUCUUGAUGUUUCCGGCGUUCCUCGCAUUAAGGCACCACAAUGUUUCUACAUUUGCUUCACCGCAAGAUCACCUUCCGGACGUGGAGAUCAUCCGUGCCAUGAAGGCCUUCGUAAAUGUCGCAAACAAAGGACGAGAACGAGGUCAAUCAACUUCUGACGCUCUCAAGUACGCAUGCCACAAUUGGGCCAUCCAUCUCGCGCGAGCUCCACGUCCAUGGGACGCCAUGCUCGGGCAUGUAUUCCAUUCCUUCUGGUAUGACCAUCUCCUGUAUUGGCUUGAAAUGCAAUGGUGUUCAAAGGGUCUGCGGGCCUGCCUCGCUGUUUUACACGAAGGCGAGAAACUUGCAGGGGAAUACAGCUGAAAUCUAGCCUCGAACGUACCCCUCCCAGACUCGUUAAUCAAACACUUGAUAUUUCAGCAGUCUUGUUAUCGCACGUGAUCCUUGCUUUACAUUUAGCAUUUAUGGCAGUAAUGAUAUUUUGUCCAGUCCCCGGACGAGCGAAGGAAGUGUAGGUGUAUUUUGUGUAGGUGUAUUUGUAGCGGAGACGUGUUGGUUCUGUGUAUAACGGUGCUAUAGUAUUGUAUAAGUACAUGUAUUAGAUUGAAAUGUCAAAC